ACCAUGGCUUGAGGCCACUGAAUCUUGACAGCUGGCGGUUCAGGCGCAUGCGCAGAGCAGUCGCAGAGAGGAAGCGCGACAGAGCAGUAGCAACGGACGAGCUGCGGCUGAUAUCCCCUGACACAAUUAUGUCUGUCUCGCCACCGCCAGUUUCUCUCAGGUAUCCGUUUACCGGAGCCUGAAUGGCGUUGGUAACUGUGCAGCGGUCGCCUACUCCAAGCGCAACCUCCAGUCCGUGCGUUUCGGAGUCUGGCAGUGGGGAAGAUGACCGCCGAUCUCAGCCCAGAAGCAUGUGGUAAAAGGAUGGGAAAGCUCCAGUGAGGGUUUCCUCACCACUGUCUGACAUAAAGGAUGACUUUAGGUGGUUUGGCGACUGCUUUAAGCACCUCCACAGAAUGCCUGUCUACACACAAUGGAAUACAAAUACUGCUGCAGAGCGGAUUAAUGUACCGGAACGACAUCAACCAGUUCAUCAGUGAAAGCUUCCUAACAGUAAAAGGUGCUGCCCUUUUCCUUCCACGUGGGAAUGGCCCCUCUUCCUCCUCCUGCUCCUCCAGAAUCACAGCACAGCGCAGCAAACAUGCAGGGGACCUUCAGCAGCACCUGCAGACAAUGUUCACAUUACUGCGGCCAGAGGACAACAUCCGUCUGGCUGUGCGGUUGGAGAGCGCUUUCCCACAGUGCACCCGUUACAUGGUGGUGGUCUCCACUAAUGGCAGACAGGACACAGAAGAGAGCGUAGUGCUGGGCAUGGACUUCAGCCCCUCCGACAGUUCCUUCUCCAUAGGCAUGGUGCUUCCUUUGUGGAGUGACACACGGAUCCACCUGGAUGGUGACGGGGGUUUCAGUGUGUCUACAGAUAACAAGAUACACAUAUUCAAGCCUGUAUCGGUCCAAGCCAUGUGGUCUGCCCUGCAAUCUCUUCAUAAGGCCUGUGAAGUGGCCCGCUGUCAUAACUACUUCCCAGGCAGCCUCUUCCUGACCUGGGUGAGUUAUUACCAGAGCCAGGUGUCUUCAGAUCAGGCCCGCAUCAAUGAGUGGAACGCCAUGCAGGACGUGGAGUCCUGCCGAGCAGACUCACCUGUGCUCUUCUCUGAAGUGCCAACUGAGCGAGAAAGAACAGAGAGACUCAUCAAGACUCGUUUGAGAGAGAUCAUGACGCAGAAGGACCUUGAGAACGUCACCUCUAAAGAUAUCCGCACAGAGCUGGAGAUGCAGAUGGUGUGUAACCUACGGGAAUUUAAGGAGUACAUUGAUAAUGAGAUGAUCGUCAUUUUGGGGCAGAUGGACAGGCCCACGGAGAUUUUUGAGCAUGUUUACCUGGGUUCUGAAUGGAAUGCAUCUAAUCUGGAAGAGCUGCAAAACACCGGGGUGCAAUACAUCCUUAAUGUGACGCGGGAGAUCGAUAACUUCUUCCCAAGCCUAUUUGAGUACCACAAUAUCCGAGUUUACGAUGAAGAGGCCACAGACUUACUGGCUUACUGGAAUGACACUUAUAAAUUCAUCUCUAGGGCCAGGAAAGCAGGGGCAAAGUGUCUGGUGCAUUGCAAGAUGGGCGUUAGUCGUUCGGCCUCCACUGUGAUUGCAUAUGCCAUGAAGGAGUACGGCUGGGACCUGGAGCAGGCCUUUGAGUAUGUUAAAGAGCGGCGAGCCGUCACCAAACCCAACCCAUCAUUCAUGAGACAGCUGGAGGAGUAUCAGGGAAUCCUGAUGGCCAGCAAACAGAGACACAAUAAAUUGUGGCGUUCCCACUCGGAUAGUGAUCUGUCAGAGCACCAUGAGCCACUCUGUAAGGCCACUGCUGCACAGUCUCUCGGACGCUCCAAUUCCCGCAACCAGACCUUCGGCCAGACGUCACCCUCAAUACACGAGCUCCUACAGACUCUCACACCCACCUCAGCCAGUGCUACUGAAGCUAAGGAGCGGACAGAGACUGAUACGAGAUCCUGGCCAGAUACCCACAUUUACAAUGGCCUGGGGAACCCAGACGACAACCUCAAUGAACCCACAGAGACCCCUUCACUCCCCAGACCCAAGGCUGCCACUGUGGUCCCAGAGGCCAGAUCUGAUGUCACCUCCAUGACUAUUGCAGAGACUGUCCCAUUGGGUCGUCCUCAUCCACCUGCCGCUGUACAUAACCCACCCUCAUCCCCUAGGCUUCUCUCAGAUGCAAAGGCCAAACAAGGUCUGUCUGAGCAGCCUGAGGUGUCCAAUCUUGUGCCUUUGGAGAAGUCUUGUCCAAAGGUGCUCUCAUCUGUGAGCGUCAGGAGUAGGACUCCUGAGCCAUGCACGCAGACCCCAGACUCUUCAGGGCUGCAGGAUCUCAGCCAGCAAGUGCCUAACACGGGGACGGACUGUGCGGGGCUAAGUUACAGCAGUGAUGAAGACCACCACCCCAGUGCCACAAUACACAGAGCUGGGCUCUCAACCACCCCUCCCUUGACUCUAAGCACAGACCGCAUUGACUUCUUCAGUGCCAGAGAGAAGUUCCAGGGCCUUUCUCAAGAGGGUCAGAUCCGUGGGACUUCUGAGCAGGCGGUGCAGCAGGCCCCUCGGGACAAAAGCCCGAGUACAGAGACGAAACAGCUACUUCCUGACAACCCUAUCAAAGAAGAGGAACAGAAAAAUGAGAGCUGCAGUGUCUCAGUCCAUAACACAGUUUCAGAAAAGGAGUCCAUACGGCACAGUGUAACCCCUCCCCCCCCUCCUACCAGCCAACCUGUUUCCAGUAGCAGCAGUGAGGACGAGGAGUUCACACAAGCCACAUCAGCGGAAGCUGAAAAGGAGAAGGUGGAGCAUGGGAAGGACCAGCAAAGCGACUGGCCAAAGGGCACCGUGCGCCGAGCCACCAGGGAGCUUGAACAGAAGAUCAAGCAGGAGGUCUCGUCAGUGGCACUGGUGUCCUCGGCCCCCGCGUGUCCCUCGCGACGCUCCCCCGUCAACACCAGCAGCAGAGAGAAAACUGAGGAGACCUCAUCCCACACACACCUCACACCUGAUCCAAGCACUGUGUCAACACACCAUCACCAGCCUCAGAACAACACAGACAAGGUGGAGAAAGACGAGAGUCUUUCGGCUGAUGAGGACAGAACGGGAAGAGAGAGCGAGAGACGACUCAGGGAGGGAGAGCGCAUGAACACCGGCCUCACGCACUCAAGACAAAGCCAUUCCAUUUCAUCUAGCUCCUCUCUGGCCAUGGUUCUACAGCUGGAGGGAAUCACUGAGCUGGAGAGUUACACAGACUCCGACUGUCUGCUGGGACGCUGUCCAAAAGACAUGAGGGAAACCUGGGAGACCCUGAAAGAGCUCGGGGCGUUCCUCUGGCAGGUGAGUGGCUGCUCAGACAGGCGCCUCAGCCAACCGUGGUCCAGGAGGGAGCACAGAAAGGGCCGGGCUGCGCGAGAGAGGACCAAAGAGGUGGAGGCUCGGAUCCGGCAGGCUGGCCUGACCCCACCCUCAAUGAUGAAGCGCUCAGCCUCGUUGGCCAAACUGGGGUCUUUGGAGCUCUCGCCUGUUGACCUGUGCGAGCUUGACUUCAGUCCUGCCUUACUCUCUGCUCCCACCAGUAAGCCACGUUCCCACUUGUGUAGUGAUGAUACCUCAAAAAAGAAACGCGUUUUUCCCCAUUGCACUCCUGCUCUCCCUUCCUCUUCUGCCUCUCCUGUUUCUUCCACUGGAUCUCAUAUGCUCGGACACGCAGAGAAUGAUGAUGAGACUGAAGAGGCAGAAUAUAGUGACUGUGAUGUUGUGCCCGUGCCACUGCCACUCUCCCCACCCUCCAAUCAGUGUUGGAGGCGGGAUAAUGCACAGGAGGCAGCAGAUUAUGCCCCGUUGCCUGCUCCUGCCUUGAUACCCGUGGCGACGCGCCAACAAUAUGGGAGGACACAUCCCCUGCGGAGGCUGAAGAAACGGACCAUUAACCCUUACCACACUAUGUGACUUUUAUUCUGUAUGUGUGAGUGUACGUGUGUUUGUGCCUGCCAGUGUGAGUUUGUGAUUAAAGAGAUAGUUCACCCAAAAAUGAAAAUUCUGUUAUUUACUCGCCCUCAUGGCUAUCCAGACCUGUAUGACUUCUUCUGUUGUGGAACACAGAAGACGAUGUUUUGAAAAAUGUAUUUUUUUCCCCCUUAAAAUUAAAGUCAGUGGGGUCAGAUUUUGGACCCCAUUGAAUUUAAUUGUAUGGACAAAAACAUUCUUCAGAAUGUCUUUUGUUUUUCCACAGAAGAAACAAAGUCAUACAGGUUUUGGUUGCCAUGAGGGUGAUUAAAUGAUGACAGAAUUAUAAUUUUUGGGUGAACUAUCCGUUUAACUUGCCACGCAUACCUCAGUGGGCCUUAUCCAACUGGAAAUCAAACAAUGUGGAUAUUUUAGAGCACAAUGUGAUUUGAAUGUUUUUGGUGGGCUUGAUGGCCCAUAGAAUAGGAAUCAUGUAAUCCUGACCCAUCAUUUGAGUAGAAAACAAUUGCUGCUCUUAACGAACAAUGAAAUGUUAUGACUGAUAUACUUUUUGCACAGUGUCUAUCAGGUCAUUCUUUGCAUACUAUGGUAAUACAUUGCCAUUUCAUCCUUUACGUUGUCAGUCUAUUAACGAAAACCACAAUGUUCUCUACUGAAUUGGAUUCUGGAGGUGUGUGUGUGUGUGUGUGUGUGUGUGUGAAAGAGAGAGAGAGUGAGCGUGUGUUAAGGGUUGAAGGAGAGCCAUAGAUGAGUAUGUUUAAAUGCAUUCAGAAAUGAAUGACAUGUAAUUGUGAGUGUAAAAUUAUUACAGAUGUGAGAUUAUUAUGUGUGUGCAUGUUGGUUUUAAUGAGAAUGGGAUCAGUUCUGUGGUACUUGUAGAAUGUAGAGUUUAUGGGCCUCAGUCUGUGUAUGUAUAUUUUGUGGAUGUGUAUGAUAUGUAUACUUUACCAUGGGUGUGUGUGCAUUUUCUGUCUGUUUCCGACUUCGGUGCAGUUUCUUCCUCCAGAAUUUUCUGUUUUGUUAAAGAUGACAAAAAAGAGACAUGGGGGAUUUUAAUAUGCACUUUUUAUUAUUGUUUUAAGUUGUUGUUUUUUUAAACUGUGGUUUGUAUUCUGGAAGCAUGUUCGCAAGACUAUUUAGAGUUGCUUGUAAGGGUGUUUGUUGUACAGUGCUAAAAAGAAAGAAAACUGAAAUAUGUCUUUCUGUUUGUCGUAAGACUGGAAAAAUAUUUUCUCUUUUUAUUGUGCUUAAACUGUGACAAUUAAAGAACAUUUCAAAUGGACAAAAAUGCUUUUUAGGUUUUUUUUUUUUU